AUGGCCUUCUAUAAGAAAUACUUUCCUGAGAUUGCAAGGGAAGCAAAGGAGAUGGAACUAAUGCAGCUGAAGCAAGGUUCUCUAUCUGUGGCAGAUUACACCAACAAGUUUGAGGAGCUCUGUGGGUUUUCUAGGGUAUGUCAAGGUGCCCCGGAGACUUACAAGAGCUGGAAGUGCAUUAAGUACCAGAGGGAUUUAAAGGAUAGCAUUAUGACUAUUAUGGCUCCUUUGGAGAUCCGUGUCUUCUCUGACUUAGUGAACAAGGCUAGAGUAGUGGAAGAGUAUGCCAAAACCGUGGCGGCAUCCAAGGACACUCAUGGAGGGAGCCCUAGCCGGGGGCAUGGCAAUUGUGGGUUGCCUAGCCACAUUGCGAGGGAUUCCACUCGUGAGAGGAACCAGAAUGUGGGCCAGAGUCAACAUCAAGGUCGAGUCUUUGCUGUGAAUGCUAAGGAUGCUUCUAAGGCAGAUCCGUUGAUGAGAGUUAUAUGUCUAAUUGGUGAUAAAUUCUUAGUUGCAUUAUAUGAUACUGGAGCUUCGCAUUCGUUUAUUUUGUUUGAUAAAGUUGAGGAAUUAGGCUUGAAAGUGUCAGUGUUACCUUUUGAUCUACAUGUACAUACUCCACAUCAGACAGUUAUGACUAGGUCAAGUUGUAGACAAGUAGGUUUUAAGCUUGAGAGUAGAGAUUUUAUGCAUGAUUUGAUCUGUUUACCAAUGGUGGGGCUAGAAAUGAUUUUGGGGUUUGAUUGGUUGUCGAAGAAUCGGGUUUUGCUGGAUUGCUUUGAACAGACAAUUCGGUUUAUGCCAGAAGGAGAGAAUGGAGCAGUGGUAGCUACGGCGUAUUACCUGAACUCUGUAAUGGUGUAUUGUAGUGGGGAGGAGUGUCAGGGUUAUAUUCUGUUGGCUGCUAAUGCAUUGGGUGAUGCCCAGAACUUGGAUUAG